AUGAGCGUCAACGACAUGGCCACCGCCGACGUCGCCGCCGGGGACAUCAUCGUCCUCCCGCUGCCAGCGUGCACCUCGUCGUUCCCCACCUUCACGUCCGACCACGGGCUGGCCGUGGCGAACGGGACCUACGCAGUGACUGCCGACCGGCUGUUCUGCGUGCCGGCGCCGCUGGCGGAUGCGGCGUGCUCCAGCAUGCAGUGCGGCAACAGCAGCAUGAUGCUCGGCAACUUCACCCUCGUCAUGACCGGCGCCGGCUGCAGCGUCACCUCCUGCGGCUACGGCGGCUACGCCAACGGCACCAUCCUCACCACGUUAACCAGGGCACUCAAGCCCCUGUGCCCAGUCCCGCACCAGUUCCCGCCGCUGAUCCCGCCGCCGACGUCGUCCUUCUUCGAGACGUACCUCGGCCCUUCACCGGCGCCGAAGCCGUCGGAGGGGGGAAUCAAGAGUCCGACGAUGGCUAGGACGGCACCAACGGCCAGCACGGACGCCGUCGCCGGUGCUCCUCCCACGGGCCGGCACUUCAGCGACGUCUUCGGAGUGCUCGCGCUUUGCCUUGUCACCAACAUGCUGUGGUGA